AUGAGCGACAAAGCCCUACCAUCCCCGCCGCCCAAGGACCUCCCCUCAACCCCGGACUCUCCCCUCCCGCCCGUCCGCAGAGUAGUGACGGGCCACGCGCCCGACGCCACCGCUGUCGUCAAAAGCGAUGACACCAUACCCAGCAUCCCGUUGCAGAUCGGUCCCUCGGUCACGCCCCUUUGGGCCACGGAAGAACUCCCCGCGGACGUCUCUUCUCCACAGGACAAGGCGCAGCUCGAGACCGGGCUCACCAACGACGGGGCCAUCAUGAGGAUUCUGGAUGUUCCGCCCGGCGCGAAGUUUCCUUUGCACAGGACGGUUUCGCUGGAUUACGUGUAUGUGGUGAGAGGGGAGGUGGUUCUGACGCUGGAUGAUGGAUCGAGGACGACGGUCAGGGCGAAUGAUGUGGUGGUGCAACAGGCGACAAUGCACGGGUGGGAAAACGAGACGAAUUCGUGGGCGAGGAUGUUGUUGGUCAUGAUGAGGUCGCAGGAGCCGGUUGUGGGGGGGAAGAGGUUGGAGGAGGAUGUGGGGUUCAAGAUUGAGUAG